AGUCAACAGUAGCUGUGUAAUUUCUGCGCAGGUCCAAGCUUCUCCUUCCUCUUAUUUUCCUUUGCAAGACAAGAAACAAAACAAAGACUAACACUUAGCCCCUGUGCCCAGUAGCCAGCCUCCACCCCUCUCUGUCAUUUUAUUUUUAUGUUUUUCAGCGUCACAUCCCACCCCCGGCCGGAGGAAUGUAGAGACGGAGGGCUUUAAAAAUAGCAUCCUCUGCUCUGACAGAGCUGCUCCGGAGGCUCCGCCGCACUGUGGUGCGAGAAGCAGGAAUGCGAAGAUGGCUGCAGACCUAGGAGAGCUGCUGGUCCCCUACAUGCCCACCAUCAGAGUCCCCAGAACAGGAGACAGAGUGUUCAAGAGCGAGUGUGCCUUUUCUUUCGACUCUCCCGAGUCUGAGGGCGGCCUGUAUGUGUGUAUGAACACAUUCCUGGGCUUCGGUCGAGAACAUGUGGAGAGACAUUACCGCAAAACGGGACAGAGUGUUUACAUGCACCUCAAACGCCACGUCAAAGAGAAAGCCACAGGAGCUGCAGGAGGUGCCAUCCCCAGACGAAGAAAUGGAAAAGUAUUCCUAGAUUUAGAGCUAAACCGUGAUUUUAAUGGGGAGGACUAUGAAUAUGAGGACGAGGCCAAGCUGGUCAUUUUUCCAGACCACUUCGAGAUUCCCUUACCAAACAUUGAGGAGUUGCCUGCUCUGGUUACCAUUGCCUGUGACGCGGUACUCAACGCAUCAUCAGCUUACAAGAAACAGGAGCCUGAGUCAUGGGAUGAGGAGAUCCAGGUGUCCAGACAUGCCAGGAGCCUUAGACAGCUGGAUAACGGGGUCAGGAUCCCACCCAGUGGCUGGAAGUGUCAGAAAUGCGAGAUGAGGGAGAACCUGUGGCUGAACCUGACGGAUGGAGCAGUGCUCUGUGGCAAGUGGUUUUUCGAUGGGAGCGGAGGCAACGGCCAUGCUCUGGAGCACUACAGAGAGACCAACCACCCCCUGGCCGUCAAACUGGACACCAUCACACCAGACGGAGCAGAUGUCUAUUCGUUUGAGGAGGAAGAAGCUGUGUUGGACCCCCACAUAUCAGAGCACUUGUCACACUUUGGAAUCGACAUGCUACAGAUGCAGAAAAGAACAGAGAAUGGGCAUCACACAGACAAUAACUCCAGGCCGCGGGUCAGCGAAUGGGAGGUGAUCCAGGAGUCGGGCAUGAAGCUGAAGGCAGUGUAUGGUUCUGGUUACACAGGCAUCAAAAACCUGGGAAACAGCUGCUACGUUAGCACAGUAAUGCAGGUCCUCUUCAGCAUCCCAGACUUCCAGAGGAUGUAUGUGGGUAAUCUUCAGAGGAUAUUUGACUAUUCACCUCUUGACCCCACCCAGGACUUCGCCACACAAAUGGCUAAACUGGGACAUGGACUGCUCUCAGGCCAGUACUCCAAACCACCCAUGAAAUCUGAGCUCAUUGAACAGGUGAUGAAAGAAGAAUACAAGGUAUUAAACUGGCACCAGCAGAAGGGCAUUUCUCCUCGGAUGCUGAAGGCCCUGGUAAGCAGGGGACACCCAGAGUUUUCAUCCAACAGACAACAAGAUGCCCAUGAGUUCCUCCUGCACAUCAUCAACCUGGUGGAGAGGAACAGCGCUGGCUCAGAGAAUCCUAGUGACGUCUUCCGCUUCCUGGUGGAGGAGCGCGUUCAGUGCUGCCAGAGUCGUCGGGUCCGUUACACUCAGCGGGUGGACUACUGCAUCCAGCUGCCAGCUCCCAUUGAGGCGGCCACCAAUCGAGAGGAGCUGCUGGCAUUUGAGGCUAAGCGUAGGGAAGCUGAGGAAAACAUGCGCACUCCUCCUGAACCCGUGAGAGCGAGGAUCCCUUUCACUGCUUGUCUGCAGGCCUUCACUGAGCCGGAAAAUGUCCCUGACUUCUGGAGCUCGGCUCUGCAGGCCAAAUCAGCUGGAAUCAAAACCUCUCGUUUCGCCUCCUUCCCAGAGUAUCUGGUUUUGCAGAUUAAGAAAUUCACAUUCGGGGUUGAUUGGGUGCCAAAGAAACUAGAUUUGGCCAUAGAUGUUCCAGACUUCUUGGAUCUGAGCCGGCUCCGAGCCACAGGGCUGCAGGCGGGUGAGGAGGAGCUGCCCGACCUCAUGCCUCCAAUUGUGUUACCUGAAGACACCAGAGAUAACUCCAUGAGCUCAGACUCUCCUGAAAUAGAUGAGGCGGCCGUAAUGCAGCUGGCAGAGAUGGGCUUUCCACUGGAGGCCUGUAGGAAGGCUGUGUACUACACUGGCAACAUGGGCCCCGAAAUGGCCUUCAACUGGAUCAUAGCCCACAUGGAGGAGCCUGACUUUGCAGAGCCGCUCACUCUCCCGUCCAUGAUGGAUCCCGGCCCCUCCACCAGUGACAGCCCCAUGGGAGCCAUGCCACUAGGCAGCUCGCCCCCUGAGGAGAGUAUCGCCAUCCUCACUUCAAUGGGCUUCCCCCGCACUCACAGCAUCCAAGCACUCAAAGCCACGAACAAUAAUCUUGAACGAGCACUCGAUUGGAUCUUCACCCACCCAGAGCAGGAGGAGAGUGAUGCCCUUUCAGACAUGGCCGACACAGAGCCCAACGACAACGCGUUCUCCAAUGCCAACUCACACAGCGACUCCACACUCUCUCCAGACAGAGACGCUCCAGGCCCCCGGGUCAAAGACGGACCCGGACGAUAUGAGCUCUUUGCCUUCAUCAGCCACAUGGGAGCAUCCACAAUGUCUGGACAUUAUGUCUGUCACAUUAAAAAGGAGGGAAGGUGGGUGAUCUACAAUGACCACAAAGUGUGUUUGUCAGAAAGGCCUCCAAAAGACUUGGGCUACGUCUACUUUUACCAUCGACUGUCAAGCAGUUAAACUAAAGUUACGGCCCCCUCCCCCUUGCGACCUUUAAAUAACCCUAGUCUUCCACCCAGAAGACUGGCAGACAACUGUAAUAACAGCCACAGUGGAAACGAUGGAAAUAACCUCUCAGACCAGCUGCUUGCCUUAUCGUGAUGUCAUUCAGGAGCAACCAGGAACACUGGUCAGAAAGGGAAAGCAAUGUGCUUUUUGUGCAUUUGUGUUAUGCUUUAAAUGUAUAUUUCAGUGUUGAUGUUUAAAAAAAGGAAAAUAUUUCUUGACAGUGUCGGUACAGAGGGAUGGGUGCAAUUUCUACUUCUGGAAUGUGUUUGCACACAAAAUAAUGUCACAUAUCAGAUCACACUGUUCCUCCUCUCUGCCUUUCAGCUACUGUGCCGUAUUUUCAAAGAGGUACAUUUUAUAAAUGUAUGUUGAAAUGGUAGCGCUUCACUGCCUGCCCUGAAAUAAUGCUCUGAAACUGCAACGACAAACGAGAAAUUAAGGUGCUGCUGGUGGCUUUGCGUUUUAUGUAAGAAAGUUGUUUGUCCCCUAGAAACUGGAAAAACUACAAUAAUUCAGUCGUUUCGGUUGGUUAUUGAGAGAAAUCACUAACAAACUGGUGAAAGUUUCAGAACAAAGGAAAGCACCAUGUAGGCCAUAAGUAAGUGUUAAAUAUACAGUAUUAAUAGCUAACUAAUGGUUCAUUACUGCCCCAGCUUUACUUUGUAUAGGUUUGUCACUUGAAAUGAGAAACUUUUUGCUUUUUGCCCUAAUACACUGGCUGAGUUAUCAGGAUAGACGUUUUCUCUUUCCCUGAAAGCACUUUUCACUAGUUCAUAUUAUGCACCAGGUGAUAUAGAAGUGGACUUCAUAUUCACCAACUACAAGCAAUCGAAUGUGAUAUAUUCAGUUUAAAGUUCAAUACCGUUGAACCUGUUUAUCAUUGUUCUAUGAGGAGAUUACAGUACUGCAUUAAAUCAAUGCCUAAUUUCUUUAUUUUAAUAAUGACUGUCAUCACUCUUCAUGUAAAUUAAAUAGAAGUCCUCAACCUUUAUCAUUAUUAUUAUAAUAUUCAUUAUUUUUGCCCAAGUUGCAAAAUAUUUGCAUACUAAGCAUAACUUUAUCUCAGUUGCACCUGGUUCGGUUCCGUUGCUUUAUCACUUGGACAGAUUCAGACUAUGACCCAAAAGUUAAAAUGAAUGUUUUCAGUGACUUCUUGCCACUUUUUACAAUUGAUUCACUUAUGCAUCUAAACUUUUCUCAUGUCCAGAGCAAUAUGCACAAAUCUUUUCUUAAAGCUACUGUAUAGUUAACAUACAGUGACCUGUAUCUCUCUCUGUCCUCUGUCCAGACAUGCUGCAGAGCUGAAUGUAUAACUUUAUGGUGCUCACUGCAAACGAAACCUCCUCUUGUUCAGCUUUAAUACUCAGAAUCAACAGUGAACAUAAGAACUGGCCAUUUGCUGUUUAGUCUUCGUAACCUCAUGCUGGAUUACCAAUCAGCUCUGUACUACUACAUAUACACGCAUUUUACUCAGUAUGUUCAGAGAAUUUAACAUACAGUAGAUAGCAUGGGCUAUUUGUCAGGUCUUGUGAAUUUACAGCCUUUGACUGUCAACAACAUCUCAAUGAUUGAGUUCAUAUCCUCUUUGGAUUUAUAGGAUUUGUGAAAUACAUGAAACUGGACUUGAAACUGCGUUUUAAUUCUUGUUCGGUGACCUUAGCUUGUGGUGAACCUGUCGGUCAUUCAGUGAUACACUUUUAGGUGCGUAUUUUAAAGAGGAGUUCUGCUGAAAACAAUCUUUCACCAGUGUGAAAAGUCCUUAACAUUUCAAUUUUUGAGUUAUUAAUUCUUACAUUUAAAGAAAAGGCACUCCUUUGUUAAUACCAUGUUAUUUGUUAAGAGGGUUGAAAGAAAAAAUGCAGAACUCCAGGGAAGAAAACACUGAAAGUUAUUGGCUAGAAUAUGAUCCUUAAUAAACAUCAACAGUCUCUAUAGAAGUCAAUAGGAGUGUCUUUUCUUGAUAUCUUUACAGGCUCAAAAGCAUUUAAGCGUGUGACAGCAUAAAUAACUUUUUCUGCAGUUCUCCUCUUUUAACAACACUGUGCCAGGACCUCCGUGAGUAAAUCGUCGGUUUUAUCAAAUCUCAACCUGUUACUUGAUAGACUGCUGCAGAGUUCAUAGUCUAUGCAGUGGGAAAUACUGAAAGUCUCUAUGCAAGUGUUGUGUUUCUGCUCAUCAUCGUUGGUGGAUAGCUGAUAAGCUUUUCGUCUUGCCUAAUAAUAGUUAGUUGUAAAUGUGUUCAGAUAUUCUGUGCAAUUAGUUAUUUCUCAGCACCUUUUGUUCCUCUCAUCCUCUUCAUCCACGUCGUCCUCUUUGUAUUUCUGGGUCUUGUUGUGCCAGCUUUCCCUACAGCUCGGUCUCUUCCGUUCUUCUUCUCUACUUUGUUAAAACGUGGUUCAGUUUAUCACAAAAAGGCUUCUUCACUGUCAGCUUGUGCACUAGACGUUGACAUUUAGUCAUUUGGAUUGUGCAAUUGUACUUUUUGUGAGGUUUAUUCUUUUUUUUUUUUCAUUUAACUAAAUGUCAAAAAGGUUCUUUACCUGUUUUUACUCUGCUUCCUUUUUGCAAACAAGUUUGUGCCAAUUCUGUAGUUUUCAUUACAUAGUUUCCCUGAAGGGAAUAUUUUAAGUUGACUUUUGUAAUGUCUGCGUUUAUCCAAAUAUGGCUUAGGUGUACAUGAAUAGAGUCAUGGCAGUACAAUAUACCCAGUGGCACUGUUUACUUAAGAUGUUUGGAUAAUUUAAUAAACUACACCUUUGUUGAGA